AUGAAUGAUCCCAAAAAAUCACUAGAAAUGAUUGGCAAAGCCCUUCAAAGCCAAUACGAGGCACUGAGUACAAGAACUAAAUAUAAACAGAGUCUUGACCCUAAUGUUGAAGAUGCUAAGCGGUUUUGUAUGUCGCUAAGACGUAGUGCACGAGACGAGCGAAUUCUAUUUCAUUAUAAUGGUCACGGUGUACCAAGACCUACACCAAGUGGUGAAAUUUGGGUGUUUAAUAGAGGCUACACUCAGUAUAUACCUGUUUCUGUCUAUGACUUACAAACGUGGCUGGGAGCACCCUGUAUUUAUGCCUAUGACUGUCAUGCAGCAGGUCAUAUUGUCAACAAUUUUAAUGCGUUUGUGGAAAAGAGAAAAGAGAAUGAGAAGAAGAAUGGACCCGAUCCCAAUGGUCCUCCUGCUGAAGCGUAUGAAAACUGUAUUCAACUUGCGGCUUGCCGAGCAGACGAGGUACUUCCAAUGCAUCCUGAAUUACCGGCUGAUCUGUUCACUUGUUGCAUAACGUCGCCAAUUGACAUAGCAGUUCGCUGGUUUGUCAUGCAAUCGCCUUUAUUACGAGGUCAGUUUGACAAUCUCAGUAUUCCGGGAAAAAUCACUGAUAGAAGAACGCCAUUGGGUGAGUUGAAUUGGAUCUUCACUGCCAUUACCGAUACUAUUGCAUGGUCUACCUUAGAAGGACCACUAUUUAAACGACUUUUUAGACAGGAUCUGGUGGUGGCAGCUAUGUUCCGUAACUUUUUGUUAGCAGUGCGAAUUAUGAGGGUCCACAAUUGUCAUCCAGUAUCAUCGCCCGAACUUCCUGAUACGCAUAAUCAUCCAAUGUGGGAUGCAUGGGAUCUGGCAGUUGACCACUGUCUAGUGCAAUUGCCAAUGUUACAAGCGGCAUCUGAACCCGGUGGUGUCCCAUAUACCUAUAAACAUUCCGACUUUUUUGAGCAGCAGUUGACAGCGUUUGAGGUGUGGCUCAAGUACAAAUCGUCUGAUUUAGAUAAACCACCUGAGCAGCUACCGGUAUUGCUACAAGUCUUGCUUUCUCAAAUCCAUCGUUUGAGAGCACUGGUUCUGCUUAGCAAGUAUCUUGAUUUAGGUCCCAAAGCAGUUCAUCUCGCUCUUUCCAUCGGUAUCUUCCCAUAUGUUUUGAAAUUACUGCAAUCCCCUGCCCCGGAGUUGAAGCCAGUUUUGGUGUUUAUAUGGGCACGAAUCAUGGCUGUUGAUCACAAGGCUAUUAAGCAGGAGCUAGUUAAAGAAAAUGGCUAUGCUUACUUUAUCAAUAUUCUGAUUCCUCAAGACGGCCCGGUGGUGAAUGCAAUUAAUGUUCCCGAACACCUGGCCAUGUGUGCUUUUGUCACUGCUUUGUUCUGUGAAGGAUACAAGCAGGGCCAGCGUUUGUGUAUGGGCCCAGAUUUGUUUCAAGCUUGUUUGACACAUACUGAAGAGCUUGAAAGUCCGCUAUUAAGACAAUGGGCUACUCUCUGUAUCUCACAGCUAUGGGAUGGAUAUCCAGAAGCAAAAUGGCAAGCACUAGUUAAAGAUAAGACAGCAUUGGACAGAUUGUCAAGAUUGUUGAAUGAUCCAGUUCCCGAAGUUCGAACUGCUUGUAUCGUUGCUUUGACAACUUUUCUCGGUGAUGGCGAAACUGUUAACCCCAAUAGCCCAAAUAUCAAUGCCACUGCUGUCACUAGUGGCUUGACGCACGGAGACAUUCGACAGAAGGAGCUGUCGUUUGCCAUAUCUGUACUGGCACUAACCAAUGAUGCUUCGUCUAUUGUUCGACGAGAAGUGGUAGUAUUCUACUCUAAAUUCGUUAAACAGUAUCGCAGUAGAUUUUUGGUCGCAGCAUAUUCAUCACUGGAAGAAGAUGUGGCUAUUCUCCGCAGUCAGACAAAUAUUGACGAUAUUCGAGCAAAUUCACCUGCUCAUGGAUCUAUCUACACUGUAGUUUGGAGGGCACUACUGGUAUUAACUGAGGACCCAUUCCCAGAAGUUGCCGACUAUGCACAAGAUGUUGUCGACUAUGUAUUCCAGCUUCUUCGUAAAACACCACUCUCAGCAGAGGUCGAGAAGCUGGAACAGUACCUAGUACAAUACUCAAUGAGCUCAUUAUCGGUAAAUCUACCUGAGCUCCAGAAUAACAGUCCUAACAAGGCUACUCGUGUUUCAUCAAUGGGACCAUCAGCAGUCGCUGGAUCAGGGGUUGGACAUGGGUCUCAUAAUGGACCGACUUCAGAAUCCAAGUUUUCCCAAACUCUUCUCAAACGGUCUGUAUCAUUUGCUAAUACUUUAAAGCAAUAUGCUUGGGGCAGUGGAGAAGAGGAACAGCUACAAUCACAGAACCAACAUCCACAACAUGGACGAGCUGGGAAUGGUUCAGCAUCCGGGUCGAACACGUUGUGGGGAGGUUUUGGUGGUAGUUUUGUCAAUAGCACUGGAGCAGGAGCUGGAAACCUUGGAAAUACCAGGUCUGCAUUCCCCACUGUCACUACAGUAGCGUACGGAGUAGGCCGUCGACCUAGACCAGUUAGAUACCAGACCAAAGACUACACCAAGAAAAUUGUCCUUCCCUUGGCAAGUGGCUUUUUUGAAUGGAGCUGCGAGUAUUUCCAGGAACCUCAGAUGUGUAACACCGAGUCUGACGAACCAGGCAGUGAGAGGUAUCUUGAACGAGUAUGGAGAAAGUCUCGUAACGAGCAUAUCAUUGCUGAAACUCAAGUUCAAAAGGAAAUGGCUGUAUAUGGCGGUUGGUCUACACAUGUCGGUCUUCUUAACAAUCUGACUCAACCUACCAAACUUGAAUUUGCGCAAUUCGAGCCUCAUCUGGUGGGAGUUGAUGAUCGAGAUGGUGUAACUGUGUGGGACUGGACUGAAAGUACUAAACUCAACCGAUUUUGUAACAGCAAUCCUGUUGGUACUCGAAUUACCGAGGCCAAGUUUUUGAACGAGGAUGAUGUACCAUUGCUGCUUACGGGAUCAAGUGAAGGUGUAGUUCGAAUCUAUCGUCAUUACGAGUCUGUCAAGAAUAUUGAACUGGCCUGUUCUUGGCGUGUGUUGACUGAUCUAUUACCAGCCCAUCGUAACAGUGGUCUCAUAGCCGAAUGGCAACAGUCUCGUGGAGCCUUGUUAGUAGGUGGUGAUGUCCGAGUCAUUCGUGUCUGGGAUGCUCCGCGAGAACUAUGUACGAGCGAUAUCCCUGCUCGGUCUGGCAGUCCUGUCACUGCUCUUACAUCUGACCAAGUGGCUGGAAACAUCGUUGUAGCCGGUUUUGGUGACGGUGGUAUUCGAGUCUAUGAUAGAAGACUUGGUCCUCGUGAGUCGCUUGUCAAGACAUGGAAGAGACACAAGUCGUGGGUUGUUAAUGUUCGUAUGCAAAGAGGUGGUGCUCGUGAGCUUGUUAGUGGAUCCACCGACGGCCAGGUGUACCUCUGGGAUAUCCGACUUGAUGAACCAGUUCUGUCAUUCCAAGCCCACUCGAAUGGAAUGCGUGCUAUUGAUGUCCAUGAGCAUGCUCCAGUUAUUGCCACAGGCUCGCAAACAGUAGGUAUCUGGUCCACAAAUGGAAAUCGUGUUGCUACUGUACGACCACCGUCUAGUGGAUAUAGCCUUGGAAGUAAAGCAUCCCAAGUAUCGGCGCUCUCGUUCCAUCCUCAUCGUAUGAUCAUGGCUGUCAACAACGUCCAGGACGCCCAUAUCGGCGUCUUCAACUGCACAGACGACCCGUCCCGAAAGUACGGACGAUGA